AUGAUACCUUUGAUUCAGAAAGAAAUCAACAGUUUUGUUCUUCUAUGGAACAGUCACAGGAUAAGAAAACAAAGUGAUACAGUAUUGCCAGAUGGCAUUCCAAACCACAUAUAUAAUUUCCCCGAAAAUUAUGACCUUAGAGAAUGUGGUAUGUAUGCAAACAACUCUAUUUUGGCAAGUUCUACCUGCUCAUGCAUAUGUUUAGCAAUUAACAAAUUGUAGUUCCUUCUUGCAAAAGCUAUUCAUGUUUUUGAAGAAGAAUUAUUUGUUUAUGUGUACUGCUAACAUGGGAAAACUUGAAAAGUGAGAAAUAUUUCUAUUGUUUUGGAAAGCCAAACUUCUCUAGUAAAACCUGCUGACUGUUAUGCCUAUGUUUUUUAUUAGAGGUACCAUUGAUAAAAAAAGUAACAUAUGGUUUCUUGUGUUCAUACUUUGUAGGUUGGAAAGUUAGUGAUGAACAGCUAAGAGAAGUUGCAGAACUGUCAGGAGUAUUACAAGUACAUGAUGACUAUCUGGAUUCAGUUUUUAGGGCACAAUGUGAAAGAUUACUACCUGACCCAUCAAAUUUAGAGCCAGCAGAUUGUGGGACUGCAUUUCUCUUUCUUUGUGAACAUAUAUAA